CUUAUAGCUUCCCCCUUUCUCACCCUCGGACGCCAGUUAAAAACAAAGAAGUAAUGAGAGAAAGGACACCUUUCUUACCCUGAAAUAGAAAAAGGGGAGGAAGAAGUGAGAGAAUGAGAAUUGCCCACUUGUUCAUUUGAAGGCAUGGUGGAGUUUGAGGAGCCAAAGAUUUGAUCUUUGGACUCAUUACUUAAUGAUGAUGCGUCUCAUCUUGGCGUUGAAUGAGGUUGGAUGGGGAGUAGUUGGGAGCUACCACUACUAACUCCUCUCUCUCUCUCUUCUCAAAUAGUGGGGGGCUUCUGCUAUUGAACGAGGGAAGGAAGCGGGCGGAUAUCACGUGGCCCUUCUUUAUUUCUUUCUUUCUUCCUUUCUGAUUUGAAACCAUUAACCCUCUUUUUUUCUCUCAUACUCUCUCUCUCUCUCUCUCUCUCUCCCCCUCCCUCCCUCCCUCUCUCACUCCUCUUCCUCAGUUUCUUCUCUUUUGGGCACUUCGGUCUCCCUCACUGACGAACAAAGAGGAGUUUUGGAUCGAAUCGUGAUCUGGGUCUGACUAAUUUCUCGAGAUCUUGCGUCAUUUUUUAUCUGCGCUGGUAACUGACCCUGAGUUUAAUUGAGGAUCAAUCAUGGCUGAAACUUGGCGUAAGAAUGGGAUUACAAAUGGAAUGGUUCAAGCCAAACAUGCAUCUACAUUAUCAGAAGUCGCCGACUUCUGCAAGGCUCUUGGUGGGAAGACACCCAUCCACAGUAUUUUGGUGGCAAACAAUGGGAUGGCAGCUGUUAAGUUCAUGCGAAGCGUUAGGACAUGGGCCUAUGAGACCUUUGGAACAGAGAAGGCAAUACUUUUGGCUGCCAUGGCAACCCCUGAAGACUUGAGGAUUAACGCCGAGCACAUUAGAAUUGCUGACCAAUUUGUGGAAGUUCCUGGUGGAACGAACAAUAACAACUAUGCCAAUGUUCAACUCAUUGUGGAGAUGGCGGAGAUAACAAGAGUUUCUGCUGUAUGGCCUGGUUGGGGCCAUGCAUCGGAAAACCCUGAGCUUCCAGAUGCACUGAGUGCAAAGGGGAUUAUAUUUCUUGGGCCGCCAGCCGCAUCCAUGUCCGCACUAGGUGAUAAAAUCGGUUCUUCUUUGAUUGCCCAAGCAGCUGGAGUACCAACCCUCCCAUGGAGUGGCUCACAUGUGAAAAUUGAACCAGGGAGUUGCCUGGACACAAUCCCUGAUGAUGUAUAUCGGGAGGCUUGUGUUAAUACGACGGAGGAAGCACUGGCUAGUUGCCAGGUGGUGGGGUACCCCGCAAUGAUUAAGGCAUCUUGGGGUGGUGGUGGUAAAGGGAUAAGAAAGGUCCACAAUGACGAUGAGGUAAGAGCGUUGUUUAAGCAAGUGCAAGGGGAAGUUCCUGGAUCUCCAAUAUUUAUAAUGAAGGUUGCAUCACAGAGCCGGCAUCUUGAAGUUCAGUUACUUUGUGAUCAAGACAGUAAUGUUGCUGCUCUUCAUAGUCGAGAUUGCAGUGUGCAAAGACGGCAUCAAAAAAUUAUCGAGGAAGGUCCAAUCACUGUAGCUCCACUGGAGACGGUAAAAAAACUUGAGCAGGCGGCAAGGAGGCUUGCUAAGUCUGUGAGAUAUGUUGGUGCUGCCACUGUUGAGUAUCUUUAUAGCAUGGAGACUGGUGAAUACUAUUUUCUAGAACUCAACCCAAGGUUACAGGUGGAGCAUCCUGUGACUGAGUGGAUAGCUGAAAUUAAUUUGCCAGCGGCUCAAGUCGCAGUUGGCAUGGGCAUCCCUCUCUGGCAAAUCCCUGAAAUCAGGCGGUUCUAUGGAAUGGAUCAUGGUGGAGGUUAUGAUGCUUGGAAGAAGACAUCAAAGGGUGCAACUCCAUUUGACUUUGAUAAAGCAGAAUCUGUGAGGCCUAAAGGGCAUUGUGUUGCUGUGAGAGUAACAAGCGAGGACCCAGAUGACGGUUUUAAGCCUACCAGUGGGAAAGUGCAGGAGCUGAAUUUUAAAAGCAAGCCAAAUGUAUGGGCUUACUUCUCUGUCAAGUCUGGAGGCGGCAUUCAUGAGUUCUCUGACUCCCAAUUUGGCCAUGUAUUUGCAUUUGGAGAGUCUAGAGCAUUAGCAAUAGCUAACAUGGUUCUUGGUCUGAAAGAAAUACAAAUUCGAGGGGAAAUCCGUACAAAUGUCGAUUAUACCGUAGAUCUAUUAAAUGCCAUAGAAUAUAGAGACAAUAAGAUCCACACAGGUUGGCUGGAUAGUCGAAUUGCUAUGCGUGUUAGAGCUGAGCGUCCUCCUUGGUACCUUUCAGUUGUUGGAGGAGCUCUUUAUAAAGCAUCAACGAGCAGUGCAGCUGUAGUUUCUGAUUAUGUUGGCUAUCUUGGUAAGGGACAAAUCCCACCCAAGCAUAUUUCUCUAGUAAAUUCUGUUGUUACUUUGAAUAUUGAAGGGAGCAAAUACACAAUUGAAAUGGUGAGGGGAGGACCUGGUAGCUAUAGGUUAAGGAUGAACGGAUUGGAGAUUGAAGCUGAAAUUCAUACUUUGCGUGAUGGUGGUCUUCUGAUGCAGUUGGAUGGAAACAGCCAUGUAAUAUAUGCUGAAGAAGAGGCUGCCGGGACUCGCCUCCUAAUUGAUGGCCGGACAUGCUUAUUACAGAAUGAUCAUGAUCCAUCAAAGUUGGUGGCAGAGACUCCCUGCAAGCUUCUUCGAUUCUUAGUCCAAGAUGGUUCUCAUGUUGAAACUGAUACACCUUAUGCUGAGGUUGAGGUUAUGAAGAUGUGCAUGCCACUUCUCUUGCCUGCUUCUGGAGUGAUCCAUUUCACUAUGUCUGAGGGCCAAGCUAUGCAGGCUGGAGAUCUCAUAGCAAGGUUAGAUCUUGAUGACCUUUCAGCCGUGAGGAGCGCAGAACCGUUUGAUGGCACUUUUCCAAAAUUAGGGCCUCCUACAGCAGUUUCAGGCAAAGUUCAUCAGCGAUGUGCUGCGAGUUUAAAUGCUGCAAAGAUGAUUCUUGCUGGUUAUGAACACAAUAUUAAUGAUGUUGUGCAAGAUCUACUGAACUGUUUGGACAGCCCAGAGCUUCCCUUUCUGCAGUGGCAAGAGAGCAUGUCCGUGUUGGCGACACGCCUCCCAAAAGAUCUCAGAAAUGAGUUAGAUACAAACUACAAGGAGUAUGAAAUGAUCUCAAACCAGCAGAAGAAUGUCGAUUUCCCUGCUAAAUUAUUAAGGGGAAUUAUUGAGGUGUAUCUCUUCUCCUGCACUGAAAAAGAAAAAGUCACAAAUGAGAGGCUUGUGGAGCCUCUAAUGAGCCUUGUGAAGUCGUACGAGGGUGGAAGAGAAAGUCAUGCUCGAUGUAUUGUCCAGACUCUUUUUGAAGAAUACCUGUCUGUUGAAGAGCUGUUUAAUGAUAAUAUACAGGCUGAUGUGAUUGAACGACUCCGGCUUCAACACAAGAAAGAUCUUCUUAAAAUUGUGGACAUUGUGUUAUCUCAUCAGGGUGUCAAAAGUAAAAAUAAAUUGGUCUUGCGUCUCAUGGAAGCAUUGGUUUAUCCCAAUCCAGCUGCCUACAGGGAUCAACUCAUUCGCUUUUCUGCUCUUAACCACACAACCUAUUCUGAGUUGGCACUGAAAGCCAGUCAACUCCUUGAGCAAACAAAACUGAGUGAGCUCCGCGCAAGCAUUGCCAGAAGCCUUUCAGAACUAGAGAUGUUUACUGAAGAAGGUGAACGUGUUUCGACGCCUAGGAGGAAAAUGGCCAUCAAUGAGAGAAUGGAGGAUCUAGUUAGUGCUCCACUGGCUGUUGAGGAUGCCCUUGUUGCCCUCUUUGACCACAGUGACUAUACCCUUCUAAGGAGAGUGAUUGAAACUUAUAUUCGCAGAUUGUACCAGCCCUAUCUUGUAAAGGGAAGUGUUCGGAUGCAGUGGCAUAGAUCUGGCUUAAUUGCCUUGUGGGAUUUCUCGGAGGAUUCAAUACAGCACUCUGACAAGAGAUGGGGUGCCAUGGUCAUCAUCAAAUCUCUUCAGUUUCUGCCGUCAGCAAUUAACACAGCACUAAAAGAAGCGACUCAUAGUUUAAGCACAGAUUCUGAUAAAGAAAUUACGAUUAAUUUGCUCCCAGAGCAAGCUAGUCAAGGAAACAUGCUUCAUGUUGCUUUGGCUGGCAUUAAUAAUCAAAUGAGUUCUCUUCAAGAUAGUGGUGAUGAGGACCAAGCUCAGGAGAGGAUACACAGAUUAGCUAAAAUUUUGAAGGAGGAGUCUGUAAUAUCUGGCCUCCGAAAUUCAGGCGUUAGGGGUAUCAGCUGUAUUAUACAGAGGGACGAAGGGCGAGCACCAAUGCGUCAUUCCUUUCACUGGUCAGCGGAAAAGAACUAUUAUGAGGAAGAACCUCUUCUUCGUCACUUGGAACCUCCUCUCUCCACUUUUCUUGAACUGCACAAGCUGAAAGGUUAUGAAAACAUAAAGUACACACCAUCGCGUGACCGACAAUGGCAUCUCUAUACUGUUGUAGACAGCAAGGCGCUUAUCCAAAGGAUGUUCCUUCGGACUCUUGUUAGACAACCCAACACCACUGAUGGGUUUUUUUCUGUGGGCCAGGGCCUUGACAUGGAAAUCUCUCAUGUUCAGCCUUCAAUGUCCUUUACAUCAGUUAGUAUUCUAAGAUCAUUGUUUGCAGCUCUUGAAGAGUUAGAGCUCCAUGUACACAGUGAAGCCAUCAGAUCAGAUCAUUCGCAUAUGUAUCUUUGCAUCUUGAGGGAGCAACAACUUUUUGAUCUUUUACCGUCAUCGAGGACUGUGGACUUAAUUGCUGGGCAGGAGGAGGCUAUUGUGUGCUCUAUCUUGGAAGAACUAGCAUUUAGAGUCCAUAAGGUGGUUGGCGUGCGAAUGCACCGUCUUGCUGUUUGUGAGUGGGAAGUUAAGCUUUGGCUUGACUUAGUUGGUAUUGCUAGUGGUGCUUGGAGGAUUGUCGUUACAAAUGUUACUGGCCAUACUUGCACUGCGCAUAUCUACCGAGAAAUGGAGGAUGGAAAAUCCCAUCAAGUGGUUUACAAUAGCACCUGUUCUAAAACUGCUCCAUUGCAUGGAGUUCCAGUUGCUGGUAUAUAUCAGCCUCUCUCUUCCAUCGACCGAAAACGUCUUUUGGCUAGGAAGAGCAACACCACUUAUUGCUACGACUUCCCUCUGGCAUUUAAGACAGCACUCCAGCAUUCAUGGGAAUCUCAAGGGAAAAGGGGUGCUAGAGAUCUUCUUAAAGUUAUGGAACUGGCGUUUGCUGAUAAAAAUGGGAGUUGGGGUACCCCUCUGGUCCCUGUAGAUCGAGCCCCGGGCCUCAAUGAUGUCGGUAUGGUUGCUUGGCACAUUGAGAUGUCUACACCCGAGUUCCCAGAAGGCCGACCAAUCAUUGUUGUAGCAAAUGAUGUUACCUUCAAAGCUGGCUCCUUUGGCCCACGAGAGGAUGCCUUCUUCUAUGCUGCUACUGAUUUGGCUUGCCAGAAGAAGUUCCCUCUAAUCUAUCUUGCUGCAAACUCCGGUGCCAGGAUAGGAGUUGCUGAGGAAGUUAAAUCUUGCUUUCGGGUCGGGUGGUCUGAUGAGUCAGCACCGGAGCGGGGUUUCCAUUAUAUUUAUUUAACCCAAGAGGAUUAUUCUCGUAUCAGUUCUUCUGUCGUCGUCCAUGAGCUCAAAUUAGACAAUGGGGAGAUGAGAUGGGUGGUUGAUUCAAUUGUUGGGAAGGAGGAUGGUUUAGGAGUUGAAAAUUUGACUGGUAGUGGAGCCAUUGCUGGGGCAUAUUCUAGAGCCUAUAAAGAGACUUUUACAUUAACUUAUGUAACUGGAAGGACCGUUGGCAUCGGGGCCUACCUAGCUCGGCUCGGGAUGCGGUGUAUCCAACGUCUCGAUCAGCCUAUAAUUUUAACAGGAUUUUCUGCCCUCAACAAACUCCUUGGUCGAGAAGUUUACAGCUCCCACAUGCAACUCGGGGGUCCCAAGAUCAUGGCCACCAAUGGAGUUGUUCAUCUAACAGUAUCUGAUGAUCUUGAGGGUGUCGUCUCAAUUCUCAAGUGGCUCAGCUUUGUGCCUCCUUAUGUUGGAGGACCUCUCCCCAUUGUGAGAUCAGUAGACGAGCCAAACCGGUUGGUUGAGUACUCUCCAGAGAAUUCUUGUGAUCCUCGAGCUGCAAUUAGUGGCAUUGAAGAUGGAAAGGGAAAGUGGUUAGGUGGAAUCUUCGAUAAAGAUAGCUUUGUUGAGACAUUGGAAGGAUGGGCUAAGACAGUGGUCACCGGGAGGGCAAAGCUAGGUGGAAUCCCCGUUGGUAUUGUUGCUGUUGAGACCCAGACGAUGACUCAGAUAAUUCCGGCAGAUCCAGGCCAGCUCGAUUCCCAUGAGAGAGUCGUUCCCCAAGCUGGUCAAGUUUGGUUCCCUGACUCAGCUACAAAGACAUCUCAAGCUUUGCUAGAUUUUAACCGAGAGGAGCUUCCUUUAUUUAUUCUUGCCAAUUGGAGAGGGUUUUCUGGUGGGCAAAGAGAUCUAUUUGAGGGAAUACUUCAGGCUGGUUCUACCAUUGUUGAGAACUUGAGAACUUACAAUCAGCCUGUGUUUGUCUACAUUCCAAAAACCGGAGAGCUUCGAGGAGGGGCAUGGGUUGUGGUUGACAGCAAGAUUAACCCUGAUCAAAUCGAGAUGUAUGCAGAAAGGACAGCAAAGGGGAAUGUGCUUGAGCCUGAGGGUAUGGUUGAGAUCAAGUUCAGAGCAAGGGAGCUUGUUGAUUGCAUGGCAAGGCUUGAUCCAGAGUUGAGAAAUCUCAAGGAAAGUCUUCAAAAGGCUAAAGCAGGAGAGGGAGGAGACAUGGAUUCUAUUCAGAAGAGGAUAAGAUCUCGAGAGAAGCAGUUGCUGCCAGUUUACACUCAGAUUGCAACAAGGUUUGCAGAGCUUCAUGAUACUUCGCUGAGGAUGAAGGCAAAGGGAGUGGUCAAUGAGGUUGUGGAUUGGGAGAAUUCACGAUAUUUCUUCUAUAAACGAUUGCAGAGAAGGAUUACGGAGGGGGCUCUUGUGAAGACCCUGAGAGAUGCUGCAGGGGGGAGUUUAUCUCAUAGAACAGCUAUUGAAAUGAUCAAGAAGUGGUUUUGCGAUGCGUAUGAAGUUGAGAAAUGGGGAGAUGACGAUGUUUUCUACUCGUGGAAGUCUACUCCGAUGAACUAUGAAAAGUACCUGAACGAAUUGAGGGUGAAGAGAGUGUUACUGCAGCUUUCUAAUCUCGGGGACUCCGCAUCUGAUUUGGCGGCUUUGCCUCAAGGUCUUGCUGCUCUUCUCUCUAAGGUCGAUUCUUCAAGGAAAAUAAGGUUAAUUGAAGAAAUAAAACAAGUGCUUCACUGAACAUGUGGCUUUACUUUUUUUGGUCUUGGUUUUCCACAUGAGCAUUUAUGUAAUAGCUUUCUUAUUGUGAUUCAAUAAAGUUCAAGUAGGAUACAGAGAAUAGGUGGUAAUAGCUCCAGAAAACCUCAAGGUUCUUAUUUAUCGAAGAUUGCUGAGGAAGGUGUAUAUAUUGAUAAAGAGUGUAUGAGUUUGAGAUGUGCAAAUUUAUUGCAAUUUUGUAGUGAGAAUAAUUAUUAUAAUCAGGAAUAAGCUUUUUCUGGUCACAAUUUAUUGUUGUGUAUCUUGUUGUUGGUAGAAAUCAAAUGUAUUGUUAUUUGUUUGUGUAUUUAA